AUGCCUGGUGGUCCAUUCGAGUACCGACACAGGAUGGUCGACCAACCUCAGAUCCCAUAUGGCAUCGAAGACAUGGACUAUAUGCCAGGAACCCAUAUGUCGUAUUCAUAUCAAGGCGAUGUCCCACGUAGCAUGGGGCCAAUGAAUCAGAUGUCUCUAAUGGGCGUACCGCCCGGGUAUGAUCCAGAGAUGCUCAUAAAUGCCUCGCAAGGCUUCGUUUCGGAGGAUGUCAUACGCAGCACCAAUCUUUCUGUGCAAGUAGCCAAUUCCAACCUCUGCCCCUCCACACCAUACGCACAAUUACAACCAAAGAGGAUGCAUGACGGAAGAUAUCCUCAAGAUUUUCGAAUGGCAAGGACCGUGGAAGAAAUGAAAUGCAUCGAGGGCUCCACCCUCGAUCGCAUACUUCAAGCCUAUAACCUGCCGACCGAUCUACGCUCCUUUGGUCUCAGCUCUGCAGAUGUCCCAGCACCGAGAGUAAUUAGAAUGGCAAAGCUUUGUACCUUGUUCGACUUUCUCGGGGCUACACAGCUGUCCUCGGACAUUCCACCGAUGAAGCGACGGCGGGCCGGACUACUUCCUAUAACUAUGGGUCAUUAUUGA